CUCCGCGCUCGGGCUGGAGCCGGGGCGCGACGUGGAGCUGGGGCAGCUGGAGCAGGAGAGCUGCCUGGAUGGCUGGGAGUUCAGCCAGGACGUCUUCCAGUCCACCAUCGUGACCGAGUGGAAUCUGGUGUGUGAGGAUGACUGGAAGACACCCCUCACUGCCUCCCUGUUCUUCGUGGGUGUGCUUCUUGGUUCCUUCGUGUCCGGACAGCUUUCAGACAGGUUUGGCAGGAAGAGCAUUCUCUUUGCAACCAUGGCUGUGCAAACUGGCUUCAGCUUCCUGCAGAUUUUCUCCAUCAACUGGGAGAUGUUCACAGUGUUAUUUGUCAUCGUGGGCAUGGGCCAGAUCUCCAACUAUGUGGUGGCCUUCAUACUAGGAUCAGAAAUCCUGGGCAAGUCAGCUCGUCUAGUAUUCUCCACCUUAGGAGUGUGCACAUUUUUUGCAAUGGGGUACAUGCUGCUCCCACUGCUGGCGUACUUCAUCAGAGACUGGCGGAUGCUGCUGCUGGCGCUGACGCUGCCCGGGGCGCUGUGCGCCCCCCUGUGGUGGUGUAUUCCUGAAUCUCCUCGGUGGCUGAUAUCCCAGAAAAGAUUUAGAGAGGCCGAAGAUAUCAUCCAAAAAGCUGCAAAGAUGAACAGCGUGACUGCACCUCCAGUGAUAUUUGAUCCUAUAGAGCUACAGGAGCUAACCUCCUUGAAGCAGCCAAAAGUUUUCAUUCUGGACCUGUUCAGGACCUUGAACAUUGCCAAAAUAACCAUUAUGUCUUUGCUACUGUGGAUGCUAACCUCGGUGGGUUACUUUGCUCUGUCUCUCAAUGUCCCUAAUUUACAUGGAGACAUCUACUUGAACUGUUUCCUCUCUGCCUUGAUUGAAGUUCCAGCUUAUGUCCUGGCCUGGCUCUUACUGCGCAAGCUGCCCAGGCGUUACAUCAUCGCAGGCGUCCUCUGCUUUGGAGGAGGCGUGCUCCUCUUAAUUCAGCUGGUACCUGCAGAUUACAACUUCUUGUCCAUUGGCCUGGUGAUGUUGGGGAAAUUUGGGGUCACCGCAGCCUUCUCCAUGUUGUACGUCUUCACCGCAGAGCUCUACCCGACGCUGGUCAGGAACAUGGCUGUGGGCAUUGCCUCCAUGGCCUCCAGGGUGGGCAGCAUCAUCGCUCCCUACUUCGUCUACCUUGGUGCUUACAACAGACUUCUGCCCUACAUUGUCAUGGGCAGUCUGACUGUCUUCAUUGGAAUUGUCACCCUUUUCUUCCCUGAAAGCUUUGGAGUGACUCUACCAGAGACCUUGGAACAGAUGCAGAAAGUGAAAGGGUUCAGAUCUGGGAAAAAAUCAAAAGACUCAACAGAGAGAGAAGAAAGUCCCAAGGUUCUAAUAACUGCAUUCUGAUAAAAUUUGUUCUGCAUUUGGCAAGCUGAAAAACACAAAUGCCUAAGACUCCCUGAAGAAACCAAAGCCUUUCCUGCUGAAACGGACUACAGUAACAAGUAACACUAAAGCAGACCUUGCCACAGAGAGAGAAGUGCCUGUCGUCUAGUAAACUCUGGACCACUCUUUCCAGAUAGCCCCCUUAUUUUUGAAAACAAACAUUUCCAGAGAGUCCUCCUUACUACUUAAUUCUAUGAAAUGUGUUUGUAAGAUUUCUUGAAAACAUGUUAGUCAAGAACUGGCAAAAUCCUUAUAGAGUAACAUUCUUUUCCCAACACACCAACACCAUCCAAAUAAAAAGGUCAUUGCUUCAACACAGGUGCAACACCGCGGUGUGUAGGAGUAUUGUAGAUGUGUACAUGUGAAAGAGGAUUAUACAGUGUACAGGGUCCGAAUCCUUAAACUCAGCCAACAGUUGCUGACUUACUACUACACAGUUAAACCUAAGAUGGCUGUGUCUGUAUUGAACGGGUACAGACUUUUAGUGUAAUUAUCCCCUAAGCAAUACAGUAUAAUGGCUACCCAAGUACACUUACAUUGUCUCAGGCAUUAUAAGUCGUCUGGACUUGGUUUAAAGUGUACAGGAGGAAAUGUGUAGUUUAUAUGCAAAUGCCACACCAUUUCAUAUGAUGGAC